AAAUGGCGGAACCCCAACAAAGUAUGUUUGUUUCUGAUUUUAUUUAAAUAAUUUACUAGCCAGAUUUUACACAUUCUCAACACUAUAGUACAAAAAUGUCAAGUAACGACAGUGCAAAACCUCAAACCCUGAGUCCCCCAAUCAUGAAAAUUGAUGCACCCGCCGAAGAAACGUCUUCAAAAGAAGACGAGGAUAACACAAAAAACGAGUGCGUCGUUGAAAACGAAACGUUCAAAAUUUGCAGUCCGUCAACGAACGCGUCAUCCCAGCCGGGACGACAAGCGAAGACCAUCCUGAAGCCGCCCCAACUGAGCCUCAACACGGGCAAGACGUUCGUGUUGAAUCCCAGCAAACUGAAUCCGUUCGGCAACAAGUCGGACAGCAAAGACACUUGUGAUAAAAAAGUUAACGGGGAGACGGUCAAGUUCGUUCCGCUGGUGCAGACGGAACCCAAGACGGCAACGACCACGAAACCGCCGGCCGAAAAUGUGACUGUGACGGCGAGCACGACGUUCGUGUUCGGACAGAAUUUGCAGGACCGUGUAGUGUCGGCGGAAGGUAAGCCGGAGGACCCGGAGCCGUCCACCAGUUUGAACUCGAAUGGCACCACCGAAUUGCUGUUCAGUAGUGUUAUCAACUCGGAAAUUAAGCCGGAAACUAAUAAUACAUCAAAAGAGACCAAAUCUUUGAGUGAGUCUGCCAGAGAGUAUGAGGAAUCGAGGGCAAACAAGAGGAAAUACGAUGAAGUGGAAGUUAUAACUGGUGAAGAGGAGGAGACAAAUGUUCUGAGUAUUUCUUGUAAGCUAUUUUCAUAUGACAAUACUGGAGGAACUUGGCAGGAAAGAGGCAGGGGAAUUUUGAGGCUGAAUGAUUUAGAACUUGAGGACAAUAGAACCCAAAGCCGAUUAGUUUUCAGGACAUCUGGAAGCUUAAGGGUUAUUUUAAAUACCAAGAUUUGGGCAGAAAUGAUGGUGGACAAAGCAAGUGAGAAAAGCAUAAGAUUAACUGCUCAAGAUUCCAGUGGGGGAAUCAAAGUUUUUUUAAUAAUGGCAAGUAAUGAGGAUUCCAAACACCUUUUUAAGCAGUUACAGACUAGACUCCAAAGGGAAAUUUCAUCAGUGGAUAAACGAAGAAAAACGCUAUCAAAUUCUGAUUCAGGGGGACAGUAGUUAUAUGUAGUUUACAAAGUAACUUUUAAGGUUAAACCGUUUUUGUCAUUUUAUUUGCUCAUAUGUAAUAAAUAAUAAAUUGAAAAUCUUA